GCAUGACAUACCACUGACCAGAUCGCUACUACUUUGGUUCUAGUACUGCUAUCACUGGCAGUAUGUGCUAACACACUUGCAGCUUUCAAUGAAUUCUCUUUAUUUACUCAUCAUUACUCGUUUGCAACCUGCCGUAACGACGAUAUCUUUUCUGGAACGACAGGAAUACCAACGUUAUCGACGUCGUCUGGUCGUGUCCCGGACUUCACAAGGGACGUGUACAAUACUUGUAACACUGUUGCCUUCUUUCUACUGCGAUGAUAAUUAGCGUUUGAGUGGCUUUUGUGUUACUUUUUUAGAAGACGAUAUUGAGCUUUUCUAUGAACUUCGUCGACCAAUGUAAACCUGUCUAUCAACUCACGGCAACGAUUAACUCU